UAGCAGUGAAUUUCAGAACACAGCCUAUGUCUACGCGUCAUUGGUCCCGGUGGAAAAUCAAAUAAAUGACGUCAUGCAAAUAGGCGCCAUUUACAUAUACAUGGGGAGUUAUAUAUGGCUGAUAUUCAUAGUCGAAUCUUAUAUUUAAAACUGUCUUAAAUUGGACUCUGCUUGUCAGUUGAAACUGUUUGUUGAGUGUUGAAUUGCAGAAGAGAAAACAAAAGCACGAAAAUGAGUAAUUCAACUAUUUCAGAUCAGUCGCUAAUGGAUAAAUCGAUGCGAAGUGUUUUCGUCGGGAAUAUCCCGUACGAGGCUACGGAAGAGAAUCUGAAGGAUAUCUUUAGUGAAGUUGGACCAGUGCUUUCUUUCAAAUUAGUCUUUGAUCGUGAGACUGGCAAGCCUAAGGGAUAUGGCUUCUGUGAAUACAAGGAUCAAGAGACAGCCUUAAGUGCUAUGAGAAAUUUAAAUGGAUAUGAGAUCGGUGGGAGAACAUUGCGUGUAGACAAUGCAUGCACUGAAAAGAGUCGAAUGGAAAUGCAGAGCUUAUUACAAGGACAGAAUACUGAGAAUCCUUAUGGAGAAGCUGUUCAAUCAGACAAAGCACCAGAGGCAAUCAGCAAAGCUGUGGCAUCUUUGCCACCAGAACAGAUGUUUGAGCUGAUGAAACAGAUGAAACUUUGUGUGCAAAAUAAUCCCAAUGAAGCACGCCAAAUGCUUCUGCAAAAUCCUCAAUUGGCAUAUGCUCUACUUCAAGCUCAAGUGGUGAUGAGAAUAGUGGAUCCUCAUACAGCAGUCAGUAUGUUACACAAGGCUAAUCCUAUCCCAGGUGUGUUAACGCCAACAGACAAACCUGUGGUACAUCCUAUUCAGCCACGAAUCGAGGAACCAUGGGCACCACGACCUGCACCAGCUGUCAAUGCUCCUGCACCUAUUUUUGCUGGUCAAGACGUGGAUCUUCGAACAUUGGACAGACAAAUGGAUCCACGCCUAGUCAGGAUGGAUCAGGAUCUGAGAGCGCCUCCUCAGACACAGCCUACGCCGGUUAGCGCACCACCGGUAAUACCGGCUGCUGCUGACCCGAGAGCUUCCAAUACGUUUAAUCUUACAGAUAACAUUCCUGUGGAGGGAGUUGAGAGCUUUUGUCGCGACCCAAGAGCUGACAGAUUUGGCAGAGAUCCAAGAGAUCCUAGAGACCCAAGGAUGCCCAUCGAUCCUAGAAUUACCAAAGCCAAUCCCGUUCCUGUCGCGCCACCAAUUGUACCACGACCGGUUGCCGCACCAACUGUACCAACGCCAAGUACUGUAACGGGUAAUACGAUUGGUUCUGCCGUAGUGCUCUCGCAAUCCGCGAGUUCCGCCACUUCGAGACUCAUGGCUGGAAUGUCUCCAGCGGGAAAUAUUCCCAGCGGUGCGUCAGAUCAAGAAAAGGCGGCUUUAAUAAUGCAGGUACUGCAAUUAUCAGAUGAACAAAUUGCAAUGCUUCCACCUGAGCAAAGGCAAAGUAUUUUAGUACUAAAGGAACAAAUUGCGAAAAGUACUCAGCGUUAAUUAAUUUCCAUAAAUCUUUAAAUGUCUGUAUAAUAACAAAAUAAUUUUGGUAAUAAUAUAUGAUAUACUAUCAAUAUAUCAAUUUCUACAUGGAAA